UCACUUCAUCGCCGAAACCAGUUUGAAGAAACAACGGCGUCUGGGGAUAUUGGUUCGGGAUGGCGCUCCAGAUGUGGAUAUCUGGCCUGCUGGUCCUCGCCUCAAUGGUCUCCCCGGCUGAGGCGAUGAACAUGUACGACCCUCAACUGUGUUACAUCCUGGAUGGCUUCCUUGGCAUUUAUGGCCUCAUCAUCACUGGCAUGUUCAUCAAAGAGAAGUUCUUCAAAUCGAAAGCAAAGAUGGAGGAGGAGGGCUUAUACAGUGACCUGAAAGGUCAGGAUCCGGUUACUUACGAGCCACUGAGAACGGGAGACCCCGAGGGUGGACGAGGAAGAAACCGCAGGGUAGCUGAUGACGCCACGUACACGGGCCUGAACAAACGCACAGAUGGAGAAUAUAAGGAGCUUCCUCUGAAGCGUCCAAAAAAGAACGAACAGGUUUACCAGGGUCUGAGUUCGGCCACCAGGGACACCUACGACUCCCUCCAGAUGCAAUCGCUUCCACCUCGCUAAGAAGACACCAAAGAGCUGCUGAUGAGCCCCGUCCAGACGUCUGCUCCAGAAAUUAUUCAUGGGAAUUUUCACACCAACUGAGAACAGCUUGAGCAUCUUUGUUUUACUUUGAAGAUAUUAAGGUUUGCCAAGUUUAUAAUGAGUCUCUAAAUGGACUGAAAAUUUUAGCCUUUUUCAGACUUUAUAUUUAACAAAACAUCUGGAAGGUCUGUUUUCCAUCAGACUUCAAACGUGCAUUUAAAAUUUGUCUUUUUAAUGACUUAAUGUCCAAUAUUUUACAAAUAUUUUCACACAUUCAAUAGUGAUUAACUGAGAUCCAACUUUUCAUUCUUUUUUUACCUAACUUUUUUGCAGUUUUAUAGCUUGACCUUUUGAAGUAUAUUAGUGUAUAAGGAGUUGAUAUCCGAUGUCUAUCUGACUGUAAUGCAAAUUUAAGACCCGUAAAGACAACAUAGUAAAAAACAGUACGACAUGUACUGGAAUUUAAACAAAUUUAAAUUUGAAAUACAUUUUUGUGCUUUUUUAAAGCAAAUAUUCAUAUUAUGUUGUGUAGUAUUAUGAAAUGUUUUUAACAGUUUACAACUACAUUACAGUGAUUUAUGAAACGUUUAUUAAUUAAUUACUAUACAGUCACUAUACAGUCAACUAAUACCAAUUUUUAUUUUUAUUAAUUUUACUUGUUGUUUAAUUUUAUUUUAUUUUUUUCUUACAAAAGGUUACCCUUUGCACAUUGUAUUUACUUUAAAUAGAAAAAAAUGAAAUUAGUGCCUAAUUCAAUCAAUAUUUCAUAAGGGUUUUCAAGAAUUCCAGGAUUCAGGAAUGUUCUGGAACUCAGAGUUGCAACGAUUAAUCAUUUAAUUGAUUACCUGAUUAAAAGAAUGUUGAAUUCUUUUACAUUUUUAACACAUUUUUAGAUUUUGGAUUAAAUCUGUGUUGUCGGAUGUAAUAACUGGUAUUAGAGGCUUGAAACUUACUCGGUGACAUAUUCGACCUCUAUAAAUUUUCACAUUCAGGUAAAAAAAAUGCUUACAUGAUUAUUUCUGAAUCCAUAUUGAGUAUGUUAUGACCUGGUUCUCAGUAUAAAACUGUAAACAAACAAACUGCAGUUUGUACCUUGUUUACAUAGGUUGUUUAAUUUAACACAGUUAUAUAUCAGGGUAUUUGUUGUGGAUUAAUAGCACAGUUCAAAGAUUUUUAAGGCUGAAACACCUUUAAAACUGAUCCAACGUGAAUUUAUGAGAAAAAAUAAUGUAGGACUUACUUUAUGAUUUGAAAUGGAGGCUUGCCUCUUUUGAAAUGCUUUCAAAUUUGAUAAAGAUCCGUAAAAAUGGAUAAAUGCCAUUAACACCAAGUCUGUCUUAAAUAAUGAACAUCUGUAAAAUUUAAAAGCUGCACUAAUGUGGUGUGGAAGACAGAUGUUUCACAAUAUUCCUGAAAAGAGUUUGGUGCCGUUUCAGUGGACACUCGAGGAGUUAUUUUUCACUGAUGUAUAUAUUAGGUUGUAAAAUAAAAAGACAUCAAAGAACUUCAGUCUGCACUUAGAUCAACACAGAAAAGCUGCAGCUUCAUUUCUGCUUUUUAUAUUUAUCAUCUAAAAAUGAUGAAGUCUUGAGUAACAUCUGGAGAAUCACAGCUGCAAAGAAAGAAAAACCUCAAGAUUGAAUGAAUCAAUAUUCAUUACAUGAGUGAUGGCAAAAUAUGAAACAAUAUGAAAUAUGAAAUAAAUGUAAUAUUUUGAAGUAUGUAUUUUGAAACAUUUCUUCAUUUGGUCUUUUUCACAAUAAAAGACAAAAAAACUUUCAAAUGAGCAAUAAAACCCGUAAAAUAAAUAAAACAAAAUUGGUUGAAAAAUGUUCAAAAGCUUAUUAUUAUUAUUUUCCGUUUCAAAUUUCUGCAAUAAUGAAUGGGCUUCCACACUUUUCAGGUCUAAGAUUUAGUUGUAAUUUUUAAAAGAGCACUGCAGCUUUAAGUUACUAUAUGUUUUGCCUUGUCCUGUAUAGAGUUAUUUGUAGUUUUCUGUGUUCAUGUAUUUCAUCUGAUGUGUUGGAUAGUUUGCAUGGAAGUUUCUUUUUUUUCUGAUAUUUUCCUGAGAAGU